AUGCAAAUAGCGAGUCAUUCCAGAUCGCAUUUCAAGGUGUGCGGUUCCUACAUCUUAGCCGAGGAAGGUUUCGACGUGUGGCUCGGCAACGCCCGCGGAAACCGCUACUCCCGCCAGCACGUCAAACUGAAUCCUGACGCUGGAGCAGAGUUCUGGAACUUCUCGUGGGACGAGAUCGGGAACAUAGAUGUGCCGGCCAUGAUAGACCACGCAUUGGAGAAGGCGGAGAAGAAGAGGCUGCAUUAUAUUGGGCAUUCGCAGGGCACUACCUCGUUCUUCGUCAUGUGUUCACUUCGGCCAGAAUACAACCAGAAAAUCAUUUCAAUGAACGCGAUGGCGCCCGUAGCUUACUUGACGCACAAUACCUGUCCUAUUGUCAAGUCUAUUGCGCCCUUUUCUACCGUCAUUGAGAAACUUACUAAAGUGAUCGGCGUGGGAGAAAUGCUGCCGAUCUCAAACUCCAGAGUCAUGCGGUGGGCUGGCGAGAAGCUGUGCAGUGACACUGCUUUAUUUCAGGUCUGCACUAAUAUUGUUUUCCUCAUUGGAGGAUGGAAUUCGCUGAGUUCAACAGGGUAUACCAUGCUCCCAGUGAUCGUAGCCCACAGUCCAGCCGGCGCGUCCAUCCGCCAGUUCGCCCACUACGGGCAAGUCAUGCACAGCGCCUCCUUCCGACGCUUCGACCAUCUCGGUAUCUGGAACUACAAGAUCUACGGAACCUGGGACCCACCGCUAUACGACCUAUCCCACGUCAAAGCCCCAGUUUUCCUACGAUAUUCUUUAUCAGAUCCUUUAGCACAUGUUAAUGAUGUGGAGAGACUGUCGAAGGAACUCGGGAAUCUUAAAGCGAAGACUAGUAUACCGAUGAGCAGCUUCAGUCAUCUAGAUUUCAUUUGGGGGAUCGACGCCAAGAAGCUUGUUUACGAUCAGAUGAUCGCCGAUAUGAGAAGGAUGGAAGAUGAAUCCUUAUUUGUUUUCCAUCCUUUUUAGAGGUUUUAGUGGUGCUUUGCGUGUAAAUCUCAUAUUGUAAUCCAAGCCAAAGAUGAAACUUAAGAUACCUACA